GGUCCCUCGGUUCUGAAUUCUAUAAAUUUCUUAGAUUUGGGAUUCACACGAAGAACUUUGCGCUGAAAAUUCAAAAUUCAAGAGAGAAACCCUGGAAGGUCUGAAAAAAAUGCUUCUAUAGGUUAUCGACGAUGCUCUAUCCAAUGGAAUGGUUUUUCAGUUUAAGAACGUUCUUCUAAGGGUUUCCCACAAAUCCGGUCUCUGGAAAACCCACUGGAAAACUUUGUCGAAACUGGAAAACCAUUCCAUUGGAAAGAGAAUCGUCGAAAACCUAUAGAAAGUGGUUCAGAUAAUUUCAGUCCAUUUAUAAAGUUAAUGUCCGCCUACUCUAGGGAAAAAUGCCCGCUGUGUGAUUACAGCUUGCUGAGCGUGGACGAAUAGCAGGAAUUGCAAUAUUAGAUGCUGUUGAAAAUUCGCAGCGUUUUACGAAUUCGAAAACACAACUGGUUGAGGAGUCAGCUAAUUCGCAAAUGCAUUUGGCUAUGGACGCAGGAAUUCCCAGAAAGCGUGUUAAUCAAAUUGUUAUCCCAUAUUAG